AUGGAUGGCAAACGAGUGGGCGUGGCCACUGCAUCUGCAGCUUGUGCGACAAUGAUUUGCGCAACCAGGUGCUUCGUCGGUGGACGGGGAGGAGAGGCUAAUGGCGCAGUGGCCAGACUACGGGGCCCCGCUGUAUCCACAGGUCCUCAGCCGGGAAGCCUGCAAAGCAGCUGGCUGCCGGCUUCGGUCGCGGCGGUUUCUGCCUUUGCCGCACUGCGGAUGCAGCGAAAGUCCGCCGUCGGGCGUUCGCACAUAACGCGCCAUGCAGAUGGCCUUGCCGACUGUCCGUACGCAUUAUACGGUCAAAAGGACAUAGACAUUGCAAAGGAACGUCAGGAGCUUCAGGUGCCCAGUGGCCCCAAAGAGAUUCGAAUGCCUGAAGAGCUGAAAGGUGACAUUGAGGCACAGCGCAAUUUCUUCUCGUCCAACUUGCCGCAAAUCUACAAGGACCUUAAGACGAACGGAGCUGUCGUGUUUCGCGGUUUCGAGAUCUCGAAAGACAAGGCAACCUUUGGCCAGGUAGGGCAGGCCCUUGAGCUCGACCCCUGUGAGGACCCAUUGCACUCGGUGGCGGCGCGAGAUGCUGUGGACAAGAAAGCAGGCGUGUAUGAGGCAGUGAACAAGCCAUCCCGCAGCAAGUUCUACAUCGGAAUGCACAACGAGAUGGUCGGCGACAGAGCGCCAGGCGCAGCUAUGUUUGUGUGCUUCAAGGCGGCCGAGCAAGGUGGUGAAUUCCUUAUUGCAGAUGGCCGCAAGAUGUUCAAGGAGCUGGAUGAGGCAUGGCUCGAGAAAGUCUAUGAUUCAGAUGUGGUUUACUCAACCGCAGAGUUUCCCAUGGGUUUCAUCGAGAGUCUGCCAGAGUUUGUGCAGCCAGCAGUUGAGCCGUUGGCCUAUGGAGCCCUGACGCAGGCGUUGAAGAUGAAGGUUGAUUUCAAGACGGAGCUCCGAUGGGAGAAGUCAGACUAUGAUGGCAGCAAGAUCUUGCAGGUACGGGCGAUGCCGCAAUACCCUGUGAUCCGCCAUCAUGCGACUGGAGAGCCGUGCUGGUGGGGUUCUAUGCAUUCACAUGCAGAAUACCUGCGGUCUGAGCGUGAGAAGGUUUUCGGAGAAGCGCAGGAGACAACUGGGGCGUCCAGAAUAAACAAAACCGACGUUUUCUAUGGCAAAAGCGGAGACAAGGUGGAGGUCGAUUGGCUGAAGCACUUGGACAAGGUGACCCUGGACUGUGCUAUCAAGGUCAAGAUGGAGCCCGGAGACAUGGUGCUGCUGGACAACUAUCUGGUGAUGCAUGGUCGGUGUCCAUUUGAGGGCACACGGCUGCAUGCUGUGUCCUGGUUCAAGAGUCCCGACUACACAAAGGCCGCGUAG